CAGAUCUGGACCAGUUUUCUUGGUACUUGGUUGGUGAUCCUCCAUAGACUUCCACGAGGGAAUUUUGACAGGAGGUUCUGUCGGCUUUCCUGCCAUGGCAACCUUCCAGUCAGCAGGUCAGGCCGAGAUAAUCAGAAGCAGUCAGAAAGAUGAAGUUUAUCAGACACAGCUGAGAGGCGGUAUCCAUGAUGUCGUCCAGUCACUAAUAGGUGCAAGAUUUUGGGUGAGAUGGAGAAAGGAGCUGGAUGUUGUCUCUGAUGUGUUGUACUUUGGACUAACCACAGUAGCAGGCUUUCAAACCCUUGGUGAAGAGUAUGUGAAUAUACUUCAAGUGGAUAAUACUAGGAGAGCCAUUCCAUCAUUGCAGAGACGUUUAGCUCUAGUAGCUCUUCACAUUGGUGCCCCCUAUCUCCUGGACAAGACCUUGACCCGGCUCUCCUACCACCUUGAAGCAGGCUACAGGAUACCCAACCUCUCUGAUGAUGUCAACAACCGGCUACGUCUUUGGUUGCCCUCCGUCAGGCGUGCAUUGACCUUCCUCAAUCGUAUCCACAUGGCUGUUUUCUACCUACGAGGGCUCUUCUAUCACAUCGCCAAGAGAUUUUCCGGAGUGCAAUAUAUGACAAGAAACAUCAAUGGCCAAGAUGUUCCGCUGAUGAUACUUGGGGACCCUGCCUACCCACUGCUGCCAUGGCUAAUGAAAGGUUUUGCCGAUAAUGGUCGUCUGACUGAAGAUCAGACUAACUUUAACUACAGGCUCAGCAGGGCGAGAAUGGUCAUCGAAGGUAGUUUUGGUAGACUGAAGGGGCGAUGGAGAUGCUUAUUGAAGCGCAAUGACAGCGCUCUUGAGAACGUAACUAAUAUUGUUGGAGCGUGUUGUACCUUGCAUAACCUUUGUCAGAUGCAGUCCGAUGAGCCAGAUGACGAGUGGCUUGAUGUUGCUCAUGAAUUACGAGAGUUUCAGCCACCUUGUCCUUUGCCAAAUCAAAGGCCUGCACCAUCAGCAUCUGUAGUGCGUGAUGCUCUUGUUCAGUAUGUUAGGUAACUUUUUUUAUGCAUUUCUUCAACCACUGUUAAUGAUAUUCCACAGGUGUAAACAGAGCCUCAAAUGAACUCAUUCAUUCGGUUAGUCAAUGACCCCCCCCCCCCCCAACCCCCGCCCUCAUGAUUGAAAAUGUUAUGUAGCCUCUGUUUUGUAAUGUAAAACAGUUAUCAAGAAUAGAGUUUUCUCUCUUGGACAUUUCUCUUUGUUUUUCCUUUUUAAUUAUUAAUUUAUGUUAAUCAUUCAUAAUAGACUAUUGAGAAAAUGCAAAUCUGUUAUUUUUUUAUAAUCCAUUUUAAAGUAGAUGGUUGGCCUUUUUGUAAUGAAUAAUCUUUUUUUUUUUUAAUAAUAUGCUUUUAUUUCACCAAGUCAUUUGUUUCAUAUUUUACUAUACAGAGUGAUGAAAAAGUAGUAAAUUUAAGGUAGGCCUAUGGCAGAUAAGAUUAUCAGGGCCAGAAGAUUGUCAAUUAAUUAGAAUGAUUUUUUUUUCUUCUUUGUAUCAGUCUCUUUCCCAAUCCAUGGAUACAGUAAGACUGGGUUUAUGUUAUUGUCAACCAUAGCUGGGGGCUUAAGGUAUGCAUAGCAGAGGUUAAUGUAUGCACUGACAUAGCAAUGCAUCUGACCAGUAGCAUAGCACACUGCAAUCUUCUUUUCAUCUUGUGUUUCUUCCCUGUUAUGACUGACAUAAGUUUAAGUGUUUUAAAACCGAAUAUUCAAAUUCAAAUUCAUUUGCCUAUAUGAUCUACAAGUGAUGAACACAUUUUAACCAUCUUAUCCUGUGCCCAUUCAAAAGCCAGUUUUGUGUUAUGUUAUUUCAUUUGAGGUAAAAUGCAGUUGUAUUGUUAUUUUUUCAAGCAAAUAUAGUGCCAGAAGCAUUAUUUUUUUUCUUGUUGUCCAUGUGACUUUCUUGCUAUUUCAUCAAUGCGAUAAUUUAUAUCAAUCAUUAAUCUUAAAAGAUGCACUUUAAACUUGACACCAGCAUGCCUCAUCAUGGGAAGAUGAAUUAAUUUUGUUUAGGGUUAUGUAGGUCAAAGGACACAGAGGUUAAUACACAUGAAACAUUACCUAUUUGUAGUUCUUUUAUCAUAAUAUCUUGUACUAUUUGCUUCUUGUAUUCAAUGUGCUAACAAGUAUUCAUUUGGAGAGGAAUUUCAAACAAAGGUUACAGAGGUAAAUGUAUAAUGUAUAUAAAACAAUACCAGAUAAACAUGAUUUAUCUUCAAACCCAUGUGGAUAAGUAGUAAUUGCUUGGGGGCAGGCGCAAGUGGUCAUUAUCUCUUUAGCUAUGUGAUUAUAUUGGAUUGUAUUCAACCACUAUGAAAUAGCUGUUUUGUACAUAUAUGUCGUUUUUUCUUCUCUAACCACUUUUAGUUCAAAAUUGUUAGGUAUUUUCUGUGUAUAUGUUAAAUACAACAUGCCUCCGAUAAUGAAUAAAAAGAAGAAAAAACAUCAAGAA